AUGGCAAACUCGAUUAACAAUUUGGAUUUGACAUUCAAGACGUCGGAUUUCAGCGCCGGGCCACACGGGAGGAUGACGCUAGACGCCGACCGUGUUGCCAUCGGGUUCACGAGGUUCACAUAUGAGGACCUCAAGAAGGCGUUGCGCAAUUUCAGUGAGGAGAUCAGCAGAGGAGGGAGUGGUGUGGUCUACAAAGACUUCGAAAUCGCGCUAGGGACUGCGAAAGGGUUGGCAUACUUGCACGACCAGUGCUUGGAGUGGGUUCUGCACUGCGACGUGAAGCCUCACAAUUUACUUCUUGAUGAGAAUUACAAUCCCAUGGUGGCGGAUUAUGGCUUGUCAAAACAACUCAAGAGAAGUGAUCGGGUUGAGAAUUUGGAUAUGUCACUGAUACGUGGCACAAGAUGGUACAUGGCACCUGAAUGGGUGUAUAAUUUGCCCAUAACUGCAAAGGUGGAUGUCUAUAGCUAUGGGGUUGUUGUGCUUGAAAUGGUCACCAGAAAGAGCCCUAAAGAGAUUGAUUUUGAUAGUGUAGAGGAAGACUCAGAAACAGUUACCAACGGGAUUGGGGAGUGUGAUGGAUUUAGGAAUCUGGUGAGAGUGGCAUUGCAAUGUGUGCAAGAGAAGAGAGAUGCAAGGCCUAGUAUGAGAGAUGUAGUUCACAUGUUGCUAGCUCAUUAG